AUGGUUUUGCCACAAGCGAGUUACUUGUGUGCUAAUAUGAUACUUGAACACAGAGGAACACGUGGAAAUUAUGAUGCACCAAUGCAGGAUGAUCAAGUCGAAGUGAGAGAAACUGUAUUCAUCCAAGGAAUACCUAUAAGUGCAAACGAGCAGUUCAUUCAUGACGUCUUUAGUACUCAAGGUGACAUAGCUCGUAAUGAGCACACUGGGCAACCUAGAAUAAAAAUAUAUACUGAUCGAGAAACUAAUCAGCCGAAGGGUGAAUGUACAAUAACAUUCGUUGAUGCUAAAACCGCUGAACGUGUCAUAAAUAUUUAUAAUGGUCAAACAUUUCCUGGAAGUGAUCAACAAUUAUCACUCAGUUUUGCGCGAUAUAAAUCGGAUAGCACACGUGGUCCAAGUCGUGGAGGCAGCGGGCGUGGUGGUUUCGGCGGUGAGAGGACAGGUUUUGGUGGAGACCGUGGCGGGCGUCAGAGUUUUGGCAGUGAUCGAGGUGGAAGAGGUUAUGGUGAUCGCGGUGGCUUUGGCGAUCGUGGUGGUUUUGGUGAUCGUGGUGGCUUUGGGGAUCGUGGUGGUUUUGGUGAUCGCGGCGGUAGGGGCGGAGGACGUGGCGGUUUCGGUGACAGAGGUAGUCGUGGUGGAAGAGGUGGUUUCAGUGGUCCUCGGGAUGAUUUUUCAGUAGCUCAUGAUGAUUUUGCUCCUGGCCGUGGCUUCGGCGGUCGAGGCGGACGUGGAGAUAGGGGCGGUCGAGGGAGAGGACGUGGUACUGGUGCAAAUAUGGAAAAACGCCCCAAUGAUUGGGGUUGUGAAUCAUGUGGAAAUACCAACUUUAGUUUUCGACAAGAAUGCAACAGAUGUCAUACUCCUCGUGGAGGAGGCGUCAGUUUCGGUCCAAUGCCCAGAGGUGCAAUGGGAGGUGGACGUGGAGGAGGAGGGGGACCACCGCCAUAUUAA